AGACAAUAACUUUUGUGUCCGUUUCUCUUUAUAACUACAGGCCGACUCAGAUUAAGUCUGAGGUUUGUAACAUCAACAGUGAGGACAAACCCAGCCUGCCUCUCUCCUUCCACACUGAGUCCAAACAUACAGUCACUGGGUCCUGAUUGUGACAGUGGAGCCCAGUUUGCUCUGCAGGAUCCAGAGAUGACAUCAGUGAAGCUGGAAGACUGCAGUCAAACACUGGAGCUGAAUGUCAACAUUAAAGAUGAAGAAGAGGAGGAGAAGAUUGGGAAAUCUGUUUAUCACGAUAAAGGAGACCAUGUUGAGACCUUCUCUACAUCCAGAGAGAAACAGCAGGAAGAUCACAGAGCUAAGAGGUCUCACCACUGCCCACAUUGUGAGGAGAUUUUCCCAUUUCUAUCAAAGCUAAAAAUACACCUAAAAAUGCAAAGAGGAGAUAUUCUGUAUUCCUGUACUGACUGUGAGAAGAGAUUCACAACAUCAAGGGCUCUGACAGUUCAUCAGAGAGAGCACACUGGAGAAAAGUCUUACUCCUGCACUGACUGUGGGAAAUGCUUCAAUAGAUCAUCUAAAUUAACCAUUCAUCAGAGAGUGCACACAGGAGAGAAGCCUUACUCCUGCUCGGACUGUGGAUCGAGUUUCUCCCAAUAUGGCCACUUAAAAUCACACCAACGUAUACACACCGGAGAGAAGCCAUACUUCUGCGCUGACUGUGGGAAUAGCUUCACAACAUCGAGGGCUCUGACAAUUCAUCAGAGAGUGCACACUGGAGAGAAGCCUUAUUUCUGCUCUGAUUGUGGAAAGAGUUUCUCCCGAUUGGACACCUUAAAAAAUCACCAAUUAAUACAUCAAGGACAGAAGCCGUACUCCUGCUCUGACUGUGGGAAAUGCUUCAUUAAAUCAGCUAAAUUAACCAUUCAUCAGAGAGUGCACACUGGAGAGAAGCCUUACACCUGCUCUGACUGUGGAGAGAGUUUCUCCCGAUUGGAUGCCUUAAAAAGUCACCAACUAAUACAUAAAGGACAGAAACCUUACGUCUGCUCUGACUGUGGGAAGAGUUUCUCUCAACUGGGCAACUUAAAAACCCACCAACGUAUACACUCAGGAGAGAAGCCAUUCUCCUGUUCUGACUGUGGGAAGGUAUUCUCAGUAUCGGGCAACCUAAAAACUCACCAACGUAUACAUAAAGGAGAGAAGCCAUUCUCCUGCUCUGAUUGUGGGAAGAGUUUCUCCAUGUCAGGCAACUUAAAAACCCACCUACGUAUCCAUAAAGGAGAGAAGCCUUACUCCUGUUCUGACUGUGGGAAAUGCUUCAAAACAUCAGCAGAGGUAAAUGUUCAUCGGAGAACACACACAGGAGAGAAGCCGUACCACUGUGACUGUGGGAAAAGUUUCUCCAGGUUGAAUACCUUAAAAACCCACCAACGUAUACACACAGGCGAAAAGCCAUUCUCUUGCUCUGUCUGUGGGAAGAGUUUCUCUGUAUCAUGCAACCUAAAAACCCACCAACGUAUACACACAGGAGAGAAGCCUUACUCCUGCUCUGACUGUGGGAAGAGUUUCUCCAUAUCGGGCAACCUAAAAACCCACCAAUGUAUACAUAAAGGAGAGAAGCCUUACUCCUGCUCUGCUCGUGAUAAAUGCUGAGGUAAACGUUCAUCGCAGAACACACAGGAGAGAAGCCUUACCACUGUGACUGUGGACAAGAGUUUCUCCAGAUUGAAUACCUUAAAAACACACCAACAUAAAGGAGAGAAGCAUCAUCAGUUCUCUCAGACCAGCGGAGAUUAAAGUCACUACAUCACUUAAUUCUCAUCUCAUAAAGGAAGUGGUAACAAACAGUUCAUUUGAUCAAUAGAAGAAAGCGUAGCGCACUGUUGUUUCUCACUGUGCAGUGGAAGAGGAGCGUUUUCUACAACGUUAGCCUCUACUUUACCGAUCAGUGUGUUUUGUUAGCUUCUACUGUAGAGAUAUUGAGAUCACCAUGGAUUUGCCCUUAGGGUUGAAUACCCUCUGAGGUGUCUCUCAUUGAAACAAUAAAAUCUGAGGGUUGACUGGGUGGUACUGCUUUCAUCUAAACUUUUCUGUGGGAAUGAGUUAGUAGAUACAACAUGUAUCAGCUAGAGAUAGUGUGAUGGUCAGUUUUCUGUGGGAAUGAGGUAGUAGAUACAACAUGUAUCAGAUAGAGAUGGUGUGAUGGUCAGUUUUCUGUGGGAAUGAGUUAGUAGAUACAACAUGUAUCAGAUAGAGAUCAUCACAUCAUCAGUUUUCACCAUAAAUUUGGCUGGAUUAUUUGUUGCUGACUGUUUGUUUAAUGAUACACAGGCUAUGAAAUGACUAAAUGACUUAAGUUGUCUUAGAGCGUUCGUGUAAAACCUGAUGCAAUGGAAGAAGUCUAAAAAGUCUAAAGUGUUUGCAGACAGUAGGAAUAUGUUAUUGAAGAGUCUGAAUGUAAAAUGUUUCAACUGUGGUGGGGGUCAUAUUCCUGAAUUCCCAGAGUGCCCUGUUAGGGUGAAAGAGGUUGAGGGGUCAAGGAUCAGGGCUGUACAGCAAAUCGCCAAUGUGGAGACAGUGAAGAGAGUUGAAGGGGAAAAAGGCCACAGUUUUGAAGAAAAUCGCAACCAGUUGCAAAUAUUGUACGUCAAUCAAGUGAUCUGGAUACACUUAUUGCGAAGAAGAUGGAUUUUGUAGCAUUUAUAGCCACAGUUAUUAAUUGUACUGCACAAAAAAUUCAGUAAGAUGGACAUCCUUAUAUCUGCAUUUGAGGAGUUUUUGGGCCUCCAAGACCUCACUGCAACAGAAAAGCAGGCUGAUUCAGUCUAAUUUAAAUGUUGAUAGUUUGUAUGGAUUCGUCUUUAUAUUUAUUUAUUUAUUACCCACCUGUAGUGUAGGUGGCAGAAUGCCAUUAUACCAAAAAUUAGAUGUCGCCAAAGGGUUUUAUAACCAAGAUAAACUACAGCCUUCCAACGGGACCAAAUGAGUCAUAGUGUAGAGAAUAAGCAAGGAGCUGGGCAGAGCCAAGCACGAGCAAGCAAGAUCCUAGUGGCGCAUUCUAGCAUUCAUCUGCAUAUUUCGUUCGGUAACGCCUCCUCUUUGAAGUACACUUGUGCAAUAACUCAAUUCGCCUUUGCACGCCUUAUAAACGACGCGAUUGUUAACUUUUGCAAGGGUGAGGUCUACUAACCGCAGUCUACUCUGUUCAUAGCAUUUUAGUUUUGGGAACAAAAAACUGUAUUGAGAUCAGAUGUUUCUUCGAUGAGAAAAUGCUAAAUGUCGGCCCAAAUCCAUCUCUUUCCAUCUUCUCCCACUGCCAGCCAGAGUGUGAACGCCAAGCGGAUGCUUCACAUUUAUACAUCCGGUGAAAUAUCGGUCUCAUUGUUCUAUCUGUGAUGUCGCUGUUGAACUGUGGUAGUGGAGGAACAGGAAGUAAGAAAGCCGCAGAACUGUGCUGUCGAAACGAUAGCUUUUGUAUUACUACAGUGACGCGAGCUGCUAAAAUGGCGGCGCCAACAACUGCGUCACCAGACUUCAGUACAGGCAGUGCGGAUGCAUCAGAGACUGCCAACCACUAUAUGAAGAAGUUUAAGGAAAACAUCAACUCAAAUUGCUCCUUUUGUAAUGACCACCCAGAAACAGUUGUGCAUCUUUUUUUGGCAUUGUAUGCAUGUAAGAAAACUGUGGCAAGACAUCAGUAGGUUUAUAAUUGAACACAUUUAUGAAGAUUUUACACUAUUGUGGAGAGAGGUACUGUUUGGAUUCUUUACAUACAAUAGAAAUAAGCAGAAUAAUUUUUAUGUCAUUCAUUUCAUUAUUCUUUUGGCCAAAUUUCAUAUACACAAAUGUAAAUUUCCAAACAGAAAACUACAUUUUCGUACCCUACAAAAAGAAAUUUAACUGUAUUUUAAGACGGUUAAAUGCUCUACUAACAAAAAAGCUGUUAGAAUUGUAAGUAUAUGCAUGUCCCUUAAGGUCCUUGUGUAAUUGUAAUGUGAUAUUGUACCCCCUAGCCCCGCCCCCAGCCCCGCCCCUAGCUCGAUUGUCUAUUAUUUGUAAUCUAUAAAUGCUUGUGUUCCCUCAUGUGCUUUAUGUAUUGAUUUGAUAUUAAUAAAAACAAUUCAAAAAGGAUGCAUCAGAGACAGAGAGUAGAUGAGCGCUCGGAAAUCCCGCUUACUGCUCCGGCGUUCCACGUUCUUUCCAAAUGCUCGGCUAAAAACGGCAUUUUAGUUUACAGGAAAGAAAAUUGCCGCUCCAUUCAUUAAAAUCACAAUGUAACCAACACCCAUGUAUUUUUGUGACUACACGGACCUACCAUUUUGGUUUUGAAGUAUUGAAACCAAGCCAUUUGAUUUGAAUUAAACGUGUUGAAUAAACAUGAAAAGGUGAA